ACAAUAAAAAAAUUGCAACUGGCAUCCCCGUUUGCACCUGUUUUAAAAUCUUAGAUUGAGAGUAUUUUAUCUUAGAUAUACGUUAUAAUAAGUUACCAAUUAGUUUCUUGCUUUUACAACUAAUAAGUACUAUUAAUUAACUUAAAAUGACGGAAACUGAUGCUACUAUACGUCCUAUAUCGAUGCCGGAAAAAUUCCUAGCUUAUUUAGAUAGAUUGAGGCUAUACGUGUUGUUUAAGGAUUUGAUUGAAGACGUGAUCAUUAACCUGCCCACCGACCAUUUGAAAUAUAUGAAGACGUAUAUUCAUCGAAAUCUCCAAGUGCGUCGUCCUGUUGACCGCAUCUUACUGAUUAUCUCACCCGAUCUUAAAAUUGAUAAAAAGAAACUUGCUAAAGACUUGAUAAAAGCUAUCGGGCUGUUCGUUAUCACACGUCGAGUCGUGAUGGAUCGUUACGAAAAGCACGAUGACUACGUCCCCGGCUGCAUCUCUCCAGUGCUCAUGUCUGAAGUGACCAAGAGUUUGACCCUCAAGGAUCCUGUACCGAUGGCUGGAUGGCUCAUGUUUGACCAUCCUUGCACCGUCCGUGAAGCACGUUGUCUUCAACAAGACGGCGUCUUGCCGUCGGUGACGCUGGUCCUGACGCCCCCUCCGUCGCAAGCGCCCCCGACUGACAAACCGCACACACCUGCCAGGGGCUUCUUCGACCAGGACUUCGAAGGCCUAAAGUUCGCCUAUAAGGCUACGAUGAAGGAAGUUUUCAUCGACCCCUCUGACGACCCAGAGAAGAUAAUGCACAAGUGCUUCGACGCUGUGACGGCGUCGGUGGCUGGGCUGCAGGGUCCGGGACAGGGGCACGCUGUCGUUGGCGCCCCCGGCGUGUACCGCGUGCUGCUCAUCGGGCCCAAGGGUGCCGGCUGCCGUAGCCAGGCGGCCGCCCUCGCUAAGCAUUUCGGACUUGUUGACCUUCACUUCUUCACCCUGUAUAACGAAGCUCUGAACAAGCAGGACGAGAUUGGAGAGAAGCUGAGGAGCUACGGGUCCACGGUGCAGCUCAAGAUUGAGAUAGUCAAGCGGCGGCUGCUGCAGAAGGAUUGCAUAGACCACGGCUGGGUUUUGACUGGAUACCCCAAUAGUGGAUUGGAUUUUGAGAACUUGGACAAUAUAACUACUCCACCCAAUCGCGUCAUCUUCCUGAACGCAGACAUUGAGACCUGUAAGAGCCGCGUCCGGGCGCAGGGCUACGACUGGUGCACAGGACGACCCGCCCAGCCCGGCGACCCGCGGGCAUACAAACAUCCGAGGGACGCCGAGGAGAUACUGGAUUAUGAGUUGGACACGUAUUUCUCCGAGGCUCUGGCCGAGAUGCGCGCCGCGGCGGGCAUCACGGCUGUUGAGAUCAGCAGCAUGGACACGCCAGAGCGAGUCCAAGUCAAGAUUCAGGCUGCAGUGAUCUCAUCUCCUUCAUUUGAUAUCUCCGUUGGAGCCAAACUGCGCAACGUUAGAGUUGAUUAGAUAUCUCUGAUGCUUAGGAUCUCAAGUUUAUCUUAUUUACUAUUAUAGUUAUUAUUUAUUAUUUACAAAUAAAAGAUGGUAAUAGAU